UAUCACAUACAUUGCUUCAAAAAAGUAUGGUAAAUACUGGGUAUUGCAAAUAGUAAUCGAGGCGAUAACUAAAAUAAGUUACUCUUCCGAGGUAUUCGAGCAUUUUGGUGUCCUAGAGGCAACUGCAGCGCUCCUGCACAGCUUUCUGGGUCACAUGAAUCCUGUGGUGAUGUCUACAUCCGGACCUCAACUUGAAUUGCUGUUUGAUUUAUUAAAACAUUUGGUCUUUACUCGUCCAAGUCCCUGGGUUUUUCGCGAACUCAGUGCAUGCAUGUUAUUAUGCUCACGUUACGGUUGGCUUAUGACAGGAAUGUGUGUUAAUAGUCCAAGUAAUUACUUUAUAUCUGAUCGCGUUCGUUCGGUUUACCGGUUUGGGUCGAAAUCGUGUUUAAUACAGGUCUACGCGGGACUCAUCGAGCUAUGUUUAUGUAGCGAACUGCCUCUACAACCGAAUCAUUUUAAACUCUUGCUAGCGAUAUGCUCAAAUCAUGUGCGAUUCGUAUACAGCUGUUUCGCAGCCACUCCUCAAUUCGUACUGAGAAUGCUUUCAUUUCCAUCCCUUACUGAUGAGGAUAAAGAGGAAAAUAAGAAUAUGCCCUCAAACGUUGGCAGUUUACACUCUGGUGUAACGCUUACCAAUUACAAUUCCGCAAGUAGUGUUAAUGCUUCCGCCAUUAACUCAGCGAACAUAUCAAAGUUCUCCUUAAUACCAGUGCAGGACCCGGUACCGCACGAAGUUGGUUGCGAAUGCUAUGUUAAGCUUUGUCUAAGCGUUGUGACGAUCGUUUUUCAAAUGAUGUUCCAAUGGGUGAUCCAAGAUAAAAAAUCAGACAUUUCACAAGUUGGGGAAAUCUCACAUAUUGCCGUACAUUUACUUACACUUAUUUUUCGUGAAUAUUACGUCUCGUGCCUUUUUCGGGAUUCGGAAGAAACAACAAAACAUUAUCUAUUUCUACUAUGCAAUUGGUGGAAGGAUCACGCGCGGAUCUUGAGUUUCGAAGAUUCACAUUUACGAUUUUUAAGACAACUGCAAGACAUGCAGUUUAUGUUAAGGCCUUUGCACAAAGAAGGAAAUCCCAGCAAUCCAAACAAUGACUUGGCUGAAUGGACAAGUAUUGUGUGAUGGGAAUAUACCAUAAUGUGUUUGAUCAGCUGUCUUAAUUAGUCCUGAAUCUCUAUUAGCUUGUGAUUCAAAUGACUUUUUUAAUGACUUGAAAAGGAUUGCUUAUAAUUUGGAAUAAACAUAAUAAUAAUUUUGUCCAUAAAAAUGUAAAUACUUAUCUAGUAAUUUUCUUAUUGUUGUUUGUUAAUAUGUAUAAUUUACUUAUAGUUUUUGGGGGGAAAUACAAUUGGGAAAUAUUUAAAGAUGUAUUUG